AUAUCUUGACACCUUCCAGGAAACAGGAGACUUUUCUCUGAAGUAGCUGAUAAGCACGCGUGAAACAUGAGGAUCAACUCUGCUAUUCAGGCUGCUAUUGACCUCACAGCAGGAGCUGCAGGUGGGACAGCAUGCGUGGUGACUGGCCAGCCCUUUGACACUGCAAAGGUGAAGAUGCAGACGUUCCCUGACAUGUACAAAGGAAUCGUUGACUGUUUUGUGAAAACCUAUAAGCAAGUGGGGUUUCGAGGCCUCUACAAAGGAACCACACCAGCUCUUGUAGCCAACAUCGCGGAGAACUCUGUUCUGUUCAUGUGCUAUGGAUUUUGCCAACAACUUGUGAGAAGAAUUGUUGGAGUAGACAGGAAAACAAAGCUCAGUGACCUGCAGAAUGCUGCUGCAGGCUCCUUUGCCUCUGCCUUUGCCGCCCUUGUCCUCUGCCCGACAGAGCUGGUGAAGUGUCGGCUGCAGGCCAUGCACGAAAUGCAGUUGUUGGGAAAGGUAAUCCAGGGGCACAAUACAGUUUGGUCAGUAGUGAAGGGUGUUAUUCAAAAGGAUGGUCUCCUCGGGUUUUACCGUGGCCUGUCGAGCACUUUGCUGCGGGAAGUCCCAGGCUAUUUCUUCUUCUUUGGAGGAUAUGAAGUGAGCCGGACGUUCUUUGCCUCUGGGAGAUCAAAAGAUGAAUUAGGUCCCAUUCCUUUGAUACUAAGUGGAGGUUUUGGAGGCAGCUGUCUGUGGAUUGCUGUGUAUCCUGUGGACUGUGUCAAAUCCAGAAUUCAGGUUCUUUCAAUGGCUGGAAAACAGACAGGCUUUAUGGGAACAUUUGUAACUGUUGUGAGAACUGAAGGUGUACUUGCCUUGUAUUCUGGACUAAAGCCAACUAUGAUCCGAGCAUUCCUGGCCAAUGGGGCACUGUUCCUUGCCUAUGAGUACAGCCGGAAACUCAUGAUGAAACAAAUAGAAACUUACUGA